AUGUCAGCCGCGUCGAGAGGCCUCCUCUUUCGCCUCUCCCUCUCCGCCAAACCCUCGCCGGCGCUCUUCAGCCGAUGGUUUAGCGCGGAGACAUUACUCGCUGGAGGAGAUGAUGAGGUCGAGGGCUCUUUUGGGGGAAGGAUAAUAGAGGCGAAACCUAGAGUUAUGCGGCCGGAUUCUAAGAGGACUGGGGUGAUCGGGAUCAAGUGUGGAAUGACGGCGCUUUGGGACAAGUGGGGUGCUAGGAUUCCAAUCACAGUGUUGUGGAUCGAUGAUAAUGUUGUAUGCCAGGUGAAGACCCCCGACAAGGACUGUACCACCGCCUUGCAGAUUGGGGCUGGGCAAAAGAAGGAGAAGCAUUUAAGAAAACCUGAGGUGGGUCAUUACAGAGCACAGGGGGUUCCAUUGAAGAGGAAGUUGAGAGAAUUCCCCGUGACUGAAGAUGCGCUUCUUCCAGUUGGGACUCCGAUUACUGUUCGCCAUUUCAUUCCAGGCCAGUAUGUUGAUGUGACGGGUAUCACAAUGGGUAAAGGUUUUCAGGGUGGAAUGAAGAGGUGGGGGUUUUCUGGAAUGCCUGCAUCACAUGGUGCAUCACUAUCACAUCGAAGUAUAGGCUCCACUGGGCAAAGAGAUGCUCCUGGAAGGGUUUUUAAAGGCAAGAAAAUGCCUGGACGCAUGGGUGGGAAGCAAUGCACAGUGAAGAAUGUUUGGGUUUACAAAAUAGAACCUGGGAGAAAUUUGAUGUGGGUUAAAGGCCAGGUUCCAGGUGCUGAAGGGAACUUUGUUUUCAUCAAGGAUGCUGUCUACGCGAAACCAGACAGUUCGAAGCUACCAUUUCCGACGCAUUUUAUUCCAGAGGGUGAGGAAACAUCUGAAUUGGAACCUUUAGUUGCUGAUCUUGGUGAAAUUGAUCCUUUCAUGGUGACUGAUUAAGCCAUCUCCCUUUUGAAGUCUUGAGAGAAAUUUCAUUCUUGAAAUGGAGUAAAUUGAGAAUUUUGAUUCAAGUUGUUCCAAGUUUUGAUCACAAUUUCUUGAUACAGCAGGAUCAUCAAAUGGUUGGCCUCUUAUUGGCCUUAGAAGAUUAGCUCCAUUUUUCUUGUAACUGGAGAACAAUGUCUGAAUAAUUGCCUUUUUUUUUAUUUUUAUUUUUUUGUAUAAGUUUGACUUACACCCACUUUCAGAAUAUCUACAUCAAUGGUAGAGUCUCCAAUUAAUGCAAAUUACUGUUGUUGUG